UGCAAUGUUUUGGUCUCCCACGUUAUAUAUACUGUCUAUGGUUAUAUACUGUCUAUGGUGGCGAGCUGUGCCGAAGCGUCGACGCAAAAAUUUUACGUUGACAAAAUGUUGAAAUCGACGCAUCGCUACAGGCCUACUGUUUUAUCACCAUUUGAAAUAUAUGUCAGUGUUGUUCAGAUGCCCCCAAGUGGAGCUAGACGAGGUCCUGGAAAUGGUGGUUCUGCAGAGGGGGGAAGAGGUGGGAGGCCCACUGCAUCAACUGGCAGUGGGACAAAACAUACAGUUGAAGUCAAGAACUGUGGACAGCAGCCCGUAGUUCCUAAUGGUGAUGUUGUGGGAAAUAAUACAAAGUUUUUGAGGUACCAAUGUGCUGCUUUGUACCAACGAGUGGGUCCAGACAGAGUGAAGUGUUACAGCAACGGCAUGUGGUCAGAUGUACCCAGCUGCAAAGCCACCUUCUGUUCUGUUGACACUGAUACACAUCCUGAAUUAAUAUCUGAUGGACUUAAAAUUAUAAAUGACGGUGGGACCAAGAGAUUGCCAUGUGUUCGCCAGGAAGAGUGGUGGACAGAUCAUUCUUCUGUGGUCCGCUGCACUAAUGGAAGAAUGAGCCGUUCCACAUGUUGCAGCAAUCUGACCCCAAAGUGGAAUUGUUAGGGCUGUAUCACCAAGAAGAUCUGCUGCCUUCGGAUCUGCUCAACGACUGAGAACAGCCUGGAAACAUUUCAGAGACAACAGAGAUAUGAUUAUGCUGUCACACACUGUUUGGGUUUCCAUGCCGAUUUAUGAAUACCCACAUAAUGUACGAGCAAAUUGUCUGAAAAAGCUCCAAAAAUAACUCAACUAAUACAGUGUGUAUAUUUGAUCGACAGGCCUUAAUAAAGUCUAUAACUGGAAUUUUAA